CGGCGCCCCGCUCCGCCCCGGGCCCGGUUUCGAUUCCGAGGAGCCCCGCCCACACGUACUGCGGGAGCCGGGAGCGGUUGGCGCGAAUGGCCAGCGCGGCUACCACGAGCCGGACCCCCGGGGGUCCCGGGGGUCCCAGUCCCGCCGGGGCUGAGGAGGCGCGCAGCUGGCGCUGCUCGGAGCACAGCGACCGUCCGGUUGAGCUCUUCUGUCGCCGCUGCAAACGCUGCGUGUGCGCGCUCUGCCCCGUGCUGGGCGCGCACCGCGGCCAUCCGGUGGCCCUGGCGUGGGAGGAGGCGGCGCGCGUGCAGAAACUCAUCCAAGAAUGUCUCGAGCAUUUGGCAAUCAAGAAGCAGCAGUACAUUGGCAACGUAACCCACAUAGAAGGUGCUGCUGAGAAGCUCAAGGAUCAUGCAGAGUCAAGUAAAGCCUGGCUAAAGGAGAAAUUCACCGAAUUCAGAUUGCUACUUGAUGAAGAGGAAGUGCUGGCCAAAAAAUUCAUUGACAAAAACAUGCAACUUGCCCUGCAGGCAUACAGGGAGCAAGUUGAGUCUUGCAAGAAGCAAGUUGACAUCUUGGAUGAUCUUGCCAGCAGGGUCUGGGGUAUUGGGCAGGAGCCCAACCCUAUCCAGCUCCUGCAGGCAUAUACAGCCACGGAGCUGGAGAUGCAGCGGCACAUGAGCCUCGGGGAGCUGAGCCAUCCUGUGCCCCUGUCGUUUGAGCCCGUCAAGAGCUUCUUCAAGGACUUCAUGGAAGCCUUGCAGAGAACAUUACAGACACCACUGGACAUUCGCCUGAAGGAAAACUUGAGAUGCCAGCUGUCCAGCUCCUCCAACGCCAAGCCAGGCGCCCUGCUGAAAACAAGCCCUUCGCCCGAGAGAUCCCUCCUCUUAAAAUACGCGCGCACGCCCACGCUGGAUCCGGACACGAUGCACGCGCGCCUGCGCCUUUCCGCCGACCGCCUGACGGUGCGCCGCGGCCUCAUGGGCAGCCUGGGGCCGACGCCCACGCUUCGCUUCGACGCGCUCUGGCAGGUGUUGAGUCGCGACUGCUUUGCCGCUGGCCGCCACUACUGGGAGGUGGACGUGCAGGAGGCCGGCUGCGGCUGGUGGGUGGGCGCCGCCUACCAGUCCCUGCGGCGCCGCGGGGACUCAACCGCUGCCCGCCUGGGUUGCAACCGCCAGUCCUGGUGCCUCAAGCGCUACGACCUCGAGUACUGGGCCUUCCACGACUGCCAGCGCAGCCGCCUGCGGCCCCAGUACGACCCGGACCGGCUCGGCGUCUUCCUGGACUAUGAGGCCGGCAUCCUUGCCUUCUACGAUGUGACCGGCGGGAUGCGCCACCUGCACACUUUCCAUGCCACCUUCCAGGAACCGCUGUACCCGGCCCUGCGGCUCUGGGAAGGGGCCAUCAGCAUCACCCGGCUGCCCUAGGAGCUCCAGGCGUGCCCGCCUCCGCCCUGCUCUACCCCCCCCCAAGACUGCUUUUAGAGCAGGUCCUUGAAAGUGGGGCCCACAAGUAUCCUAAGCGUCCACGAGUGGUGCUAUUUUGUCCUCACCCUGGGGACCUCCUGGCACUUGGUGGGCGCUCAGUGGGCAGAAAGGCGAGAGCUACUUAGUGGUGUAGGGCAGGGCCAGGUCUGAAGCCCAGGUCUUUGUCCAGGCAGUGCCCUGGCCCUUCCCCUUUCACCCUGGGGGAACUGACAUAAUCUGGGGUCGUCACGUAGGCAUCUGCAGUUUUUGCUAAGUCAGCACAGGCAGUCUGCCUACCCCGCUAAGGACAGAAAGCAUUAUGUGGGGAUCCAGCAGCUCCAGACUGCCUCAGUGCCUCAGAGGGCAAACCCAAGUGUUGCCAAGGAAACAUGACAAAAAGAAAAAAGCCAAAGGGGCAGGACCUUACAGAGAGGCCUCCUCUGGUGGCAAAAGGCCCCACUUCCCAGGGCCUGUGCCUCAGUUCAGCAUCCUGUUAGGUUCCUAGAUGGCUGUGUUAAAGCAUCUUCUCAAGUAUACAGUGGAGCGCGAGGAAAAUGAAAGCCCAACCCUCCUUAUGGUAUAAACAGAGGCAGUACAUUUAUUUGAACCCUGUAACACUGUGAAAUGCCACUUUUAAUGUGGGGAGACACAAUGCAAGUAGAACACUAGGCUGAAAGAACCGAAGUGCCUUUAGUUGUGACCAAGUGACUUAAAACUAGUUGGGCAGAUGUCCAAGCACUAUGCUUCAGAAUCCUGAGUAAAGGAAAAAUUAACCACUGAUAGUGGCCAGAGCUGAAUUAUGUAAGGAGAUGUCUGCUUGGCUCCCCAUCUCCAUCCAUCCCUGAAGAACAAGACCUUUAAGCAGACCCUGAACUCCAGAGGCCAGGCCCAUGGCAGCUUUUUAGAGUGUCACAUAUAGCCUUACUAAACUCAUUGAUCCUUACGUUGUCCCUAAGGGGCAGAAAGUUUUCCCAUUCUGCACAUGGCAGAAUGGAGCAGACGUGUCACUUUCCCCAGGUUAGACAGCUGGGUUGGAGUGAAGGGUCCAUGCUCCUGUCCACUGAGCCAUACUAUUCAGGGUGGCUGUAAAUGGCUGCUCAUGUGUUAUUUCCCCCCUUGUUCUGUGGGACCCGAUUCCACCUUUGGAUCACCUUCUCUGGCCCCCAAGAUGAAGCCUGACACCUGAAAGGACUUGUUUUGAGAAGUUUAGGAUUCACGCUGCAGAGACAGAGCUAAACUAUGAAGCAGGAAAACUGCUCUGGGCCAAGGCCUGUACUAGCCAGAAAAGUGGAGUUCAGUAUUCAGCUGUUUGACCUCAGAGUCACUGUUUGCUUCUUGCAGUCCCAUCAGCAGAAUGGGAGCAGUGACUCACUUCCAGGGCUGUGAGGAACAAUCGAAAUUGCCUUAAAAAUUGGUGGUCUGUCCUGCUGGGAUUUAGUAGUGCCCAACGUUGUUCUGUAUACCAUCCUGGUGCUGGGACAUCUGAAAUGCCCUGCCAACAUGUGGCAGGAGUGGAAAUCUCUAUACUUCCAGCAUAGGGGGCAUGUUUUCUUCAGGGUAUAUCCAUACUGGUAUUGAUCAUGUACCUCAUUCUUUUCUAGAGUUAAACUAGAAAUUCCCAUACUUACACAGCAAAUAGUUUGCAGAUCGUUUUCCCCCUGCGGUGCUGGGGGUGGAACUCAGGACCUUGCACAUGUUAAGCAAGUGCUCUGUCAUUGAACCACAGCCCCAGUCUUGGCAGCAAUUUUCUAAAGAUGUGGUUUGUUUUAAUAAAAUAUGAAUAUUGUGCCUUGGAA